ACUCUACAGUAAAGUACUAGAUCCUUUUCCUUUGAAGAGAAGGCACCGAAGUGAAUCUAUAAGGAAGGGAAAAGUCCAUUAGACUGAGAAAUCGGAAAGAAGAAAACGAAAUCUUAAAUUUCGAAGAUCGAGCUUAAAUUUUGGGUAGAGGAGAAUGCAAUAACGAUUUACGACACGAGUGUUGAGAAGCGAGUUGGUGCUGCUGAUUCGCUUGGCUGGUUGGGAAAGGAUAGUUGUAAGACUGAUAGCGAAUAGCUGACAAAAUGUCAGUACAGGAGUACCUGGAGAAGCAUAAGCUCUCGCGCAGGAUCGAAGAUGCGGUUAACGCGGCGGUUAGGGCCAAGGAUCCUCAACCGCUCCUCUACAUUUCUAACUAUAUGAAGAGAGCUGUUCCUUCAACGAUAACAAAGUUAAAGGCACGUCAAAUCAUUGAUAGCAGAGGCAAUCCUACAGUGGAAGUAGACCUGUAUACCAAUAAAGGCAUGUUUCGUGCGGCUGUACCAAGUGGUGCCUCAACUGGAACGUAUGAGGCUGUGGAGCUACGUGAUAAAGAUGAACACAAGUACCUGGGAAAGGGUGUUUUAAAGGCUGUAGCAAAUAUCAAUGAGAAGAUUUCCCUUGCUUUAGUUGGCAUGGAUCCGACUAUGCAAGCAGAAAUUGACAAAGCCAUGAUAGAUUUGGAUAAGACAGAAAAUAAGGGAGAGCUUGGAGCAAAUGCAAUUUUGGCUGUAUCCAUGGCAGUUUGUAAAGCUGGGGCUGCUGAAAAGGAGGUCCCACUUUAUAAGCAUAUUGCCGAUCUUUCAGGAAAUUCAAAAUUUGUUCUUCCGGUUCCUGCAUUCAACAUAAUUAAUGGUGGAAAACAUGCUGGAAACAAACUGGCUUUUCAGGAGCUCAUGAUUCUUCCAAUUGGGGCAAGCAGUUUUUCUGAGGCAAUGCAAAUGGGUUGUGAGACCUAUCACCACUUAAAGGCAGUAAUAAAAGAAAAAUAUGGAAUAGAUGCUUGUAAUGUUGGCGAUGAGGGUGGCUUUGCUCCAAACAUUUCCAGUGCCACAGAAGGUUUGGAUCUCAUCAUGCAUGCCAUUGAGAGAGCGGGAUAUACAGGAAAAGUUAAAAUAGGGAUGGAUGUUGCUGCAAGUGAAUUUUAUUCAGAUAAAGAAUAUGAUCUAGACUUCAAAAGUCCAGAAAUUUCUGUGAGAGAUAUCAAAAUGGGAGAGGCGAUGAUUGAGAUGUACAAGCAGCUUUGUUCAGACUACCCAGUUGUCUCUAUUGAAGACCCGUUUGAUCAGGAUGACUGGGAAAACACAAAGAUUUUAACUGCUUGCGGAGUUUGUCAGGUUGUUGGGGAUGACCUAUUAGUGACAAAUCCUAAAAGGGUUUCAAAGGCAAUAGAGGAAUGCACAUGCAAUGCAUUGCUUCUCAAAGUUAAUCAAAUUGGAACAGUUACUGAAGCAAUAGAAGCAGUAACGAUAGCAAAGGAUGCAAAAUGGGGAGUGAUGGCAUCACACAGAAGUGGUGAGACAGAAGACUGCUUUAUUGCAGACUUAGCUGUUGGGCUGGCCACAGGCCAAAUUAAAACAGGAGCACCUUGUCGCAGUGAGCGACUUGCUAAAUACAACCAGCUACUCAGAAUUGAAGAAGAGCUUGGCGAUAAGGCCGUGUAUGCAGGAGAGAAUUGGAGACCCUCAUAAAAACAAAAUAUCUUCUUAAAUAAAUAUUAUUCCCUGUUUGACUCAUCAAAAGUCAUUCAGCAAAAUCAAUAUAAUUCCUAACUUCAAUAUCAAAGCGGUCUAUUGUAUUUGGAAAUGGGUGUGCAUAUGAGUUUUUGUACUAUUCUACUUCAAGGAACCUUUUCAUGUGGUAAGUAAUGAGAGCCUAUAUAUAAUUUAAGGAGUGAGAUAACAAUUCCAUAUAACAUAUACAUGUAAGAAUGUCUAAUGAUUUGUUAUAAAUGUGUCGUAGUGCAGGUAAGUAGCUUAUGCACUUAGACAGAGCUGUGAGUGUUCAGGAACAUACCUCCUAUCAAAUUUUGUUUGUAGCUGUUGAAAAUUGCAAUAUCAUUGAACAAUUCAAAUAAAGUAUUUAAUUUUUCCGAUGCA